UUAAUCAAGCGUUUGAAAAUGCGACAUUAAAACUUUGAAACCAAGAAAUUAUUUGACAUUGAGUUUUUUUCUGGCUUUAACUUUCGGUUUAAAAAAUGGAAAGUCAAGCGACCAACCUACCAGCUGUAUGGAGUGAUGACACGAGAAUGUCUGUGUUAUUUGCACCAUUCAGAGAGAAAUCAUUAAAUCCCUCAUCAUGGAAACAAAAAAUGUCAUUUUGGUCGCAGUUAAUUUUGGAUGAAAGCCGAUGCAGUCUUACUUCCAUAAUUGAUUUAAAUUCUUUACAGAUAAAAUUUUCAAGGGAUCGAAAAGUCCCACUUUGCCUUGAUGUUGUGUUAGAAGAUCUUUUAAGAUCAAAUACUAUUAAAAUGUUGUCAAACUCAGGAUCAUCACCAGUAAAGCAGAGACCAUCAUGGCUUACUUGGGGAUAUGAUACAUUUCUGAAGACACCAGUAAAAUGGGGUAUUAACUACAUGUCUUCCAGUCAAACAGAAUCCAAAGAUACAAAGUACAUUGUUAUAGAAGUUUUACAUAGAAAAUGUGAUCAGAUUGUACAAGAUCAUCAGUGUGGUUUGUAUUGUGAAGUCACAGACUCUGUAAUAGAAUAUAGUCAGUUGUGGAAGAAAAGUCAGUCAUUAUGUGGAAAUGAAACAGAAUUUGACAUUAUCCUGGAGGAACUUGUCAAACAGAGGAAAGUAACAGUACAUCAUGAAAACACACACACUAUCAUUAAAUUUGUUAACAAAGGAGACAAAACAGUUAAACCUGUGUCUAAAAGGGAUAUGGAGAUUUUCAGAAUAAAAAUGACAAGAGAUAUGUUAACAGAUAAAGUUGAUUCUUUGACAUCUGAUAUUGACAAAUUAAAGAAAGAAGCUCUUAGAUUAAAGAAAACUAGUAAAACUCAGGCAUUAAGGUGUUUAAGACAAAAGAAAAUUAUAGAAAGCAGAAUAGAUAAAUUAACAGGAUCUUUGGAUAUAUUAGACAAUAUUUUAAACCAGAUAUCACAUUCUGUGUCAGAUGAAAUGGUUGUGAAAGCAUUAGAAUCAGGGAACCAUGUACUGAAAUCAUUGACAGGGAAAACAUCAACAGACCACAUUGCAAAUGUAAUGGAUGAACUAGCUGAGGUAUUAGAACAGCAAGCAGAGAUACAAGACCAGAUUUGUUCUGGACCUUCAGGUCUUGACAUUAGUAGGGAAGAACUAGAGGCAGAAUUAGAAGAUAUCAUGAGAGACGAAGUAAAGGAGAAAGAUUCAGAAUUAUUGAUAGAUGACAUAAUUAGUGGAUUAACAGAUUUACAUUUACCUACAGUUCCAUCAGCUACUACAGAUAAGCCUGUAUCACCAUUCCAGACUCCAGAAGGAGUUCCUUCUACAGGAAUUACAGCAUCUGUAUCACCGCAAAAGUUUUCAAUUACUCCAGGAACAUCACCACAAAAAUUACCCAGUCCAAACAGAACACCAAAGUCACCACAGAUAUCAGAAAGUAACUUGCAUAAGCAAUCCCCUAUGGUAGAUGGUAUAAACACGGGUGAAAUUGAUUUAUCAUUAGAACUGCCAGAUGUUCCAACUUUUAUACCUAAUGUUAAUACCAAUAAAAAGGAAGCAUGUCUAGAUUCAUGACAAAUUGAGGAUGUUUUUUUUAACUUUCUAAUCUAUUUGAAAUAUAGAAUAAACUACAAAGAAAUGGUUAUGUUGUCUUUCGUACAAAAUGGGUGCUGUAUAAUUUUACAUUUUAUAUGUUGGAUAACUUAAACUAUGAAAUUUCAAAGCUAGAGCAAUGUAGUAUUUUUAUCAUGUAAUAUAAUAAACUAAUGUUGCCCGAGUGAUGUUUAUCUGAUUUAUGAUGUAAAUACAGAGAAAAUUCUAUUUUCUGCACAUUUUGUUUUAAUUGAAUUUAUGAAUUAUUUUAUUUAUGAUUUUUAUCAUAUACAUGUAUUCUUAUGUUUUUAUGGAUGUGAAAAAUUAAUAAAAGUAUUUUAUUGUUA